AUGAAGACGACCGUGCUUGUCAUCUCGGCCCUGAGCGCCCUGACGGGGACUUAUGCGGCCGUCAACGAGCCUUGCUACAGCACCGGAGGCCGCGCAGGCGUCUGCGUGUCGACCUCGGCCUGCAGCAGCGCGGGCGGCACCACCAUCAACGGCACCUGCCCCGCCGACCCCGCCGACAUCAAGUGCUGCAGCAAGCCGUCCUGCGGCUCGUCGUCGGCCGGCAACUGCCGCUGGGCCUCGGACUGCGCCGGCUCGACGGCGUCCAACCUGUGCCCGGGCCCUUCGGACUUCAAGUGCUGCUCGUCCGCGGCCCAGGGCUGGGGUGGCUACGGGAACCCCGGGUUCCCGUCGACGUCGAGCGGCUGCACGGCCACCGCCAUCAGCGGCGCCAUGGAGAUCGUCGCGGCCUGGCCCGGCCGCGUGCGCGAGAUCGGCUGCAUCAGGGGCUGCGCCUGCGGCUCUGGCAGCGACCACUGCUGCGGCAAGGCGACCGACAUGAUGUGCUCCGACGCGGGCGGCACCGCCACACUCUCCGGCCGCGAGAUCGCCGAGUGGGUGAUGAAGAAUCGAGCGACUCUCAACCUCAAGUACGUCAUCUGGGGCCAGAAGAUCUGGGAAACGAGCCAGGACAGCGUCAAGUCGUGGGCCAGCUGGAGGACCAUGGAUGACCGGGGAGACGUCACGGCGAACCACUGGGACCACGUCCACGUUAGCUACAACUAGCGGGCGGGCGGCAGCGCGGCGCAUCGUAGCGCAGCCUUGUCGGUGGG